AUGAAUAUGUUUCAAGAUGAAGUUUGGAAAUAUUUUUUGAAAGUUGAUCCGAAUUUUGUGCCGAAAACGACGGAAUUAAGUAGAUCUGAAUGGGAAUGGCUCGUGAAGGUGGAAGAAUUGAUGGAUAGCUCGUUUGGACGAAUGAUUGUGAAUCAAGGAGAGGAUUUUAUUGAAAUUCGAAUUCCGCUAAGGUCUGAAAUGUAUAAUUUGACGAUUUCUCGGUCUGCAGCCUUCCCAGAAAAUGCGCCGUCGAUUAAUUCAAAAUUUAUCGAUGGAUUUGAAAUGGGAAAUUGGAGCAAGAGCUCAAAAUUGUCCGAAUUGGUCGCCGAAUUCAAGAAUUAUUCGCAAAUAAUUGAUGAAGCGCUUCAGGAGCUCAAAGAAGCUCAAGAUGAUGGAUUUGAGUUGAAGACGGUGAAAAUUGAUGACGAUGAGCCGUCGAAUUUAUUUGCCGAACUUCAAGUGCCCGAAUUUGAUGAGAAAAUCAGCAUUUCAAUCGAGUUUGCGAAUCCGCGGAAUUUUCCGCGAUUAUUGCGCGCAUCGAAUCCCGCUCGAUUGGCCAACUUCAAUUGUGAGCGCUGGAAUGCCGAGCUGAAAAUCGGUGCGAAUCUCCUGAAAUUAUAUCGAGAUUUUGUCGCGAAAUCGCCGCCGAAAAUAAUGGAGUUUGAGACGACCAACGAUGAAGAAGCGUUGGAUUUCAUUUGA